ACCGCUAUCAGAGCUCCUCCCCGUUGACUUCCCUUGAGCCGGUUGCAGCGUUGUAGUGCGACCUCUCACGGCGCCGGGCAAAACUGCCUCAAAAUGGCUCCGUUUUCACGUGCCACGACCUGUUUUCUAUAGGCCGCAGCUACAUGCAAAACAUCAGCCAUCUUAGCACCCUGAAAUCCCCCGGGUGGCACUAGGGGGGAUGGGGCUUCGAGGUAGUGUCGGGCGUUGAACACUCUUCACAAGUUCGCACGUUAACUUGAAGAGAACUUGUUUUCGCACCCGACACUUGGUGAGCAGUUGUUUGGGGACUUGCAAUUGUUCGUUCAACCUUUUAAAGUCCUUGUUUGUUCCUUCUUCUCUUUUCUCUCUUACACUCAAGGUGCUCGUUGAAUUGCUUGUAAAGCUUCCCUCUUCGCGAGACAUUAUGACUUGUCCGUCGCUCAUUUUCAAACUAAUCAACUUGCUGUUUUAUAUGUCUUUCGGCACCUGCAUGAGGUUGUAACUAGGCUAACCCUUUGCGGACGCAUAUUUCGCAAGGGCACCUCAUGACUUAGGGAAUCUCAACUAAGUCUGAGAAGUUGGCGCAAGGGUGCUUCACGACUUAUGCAACUCCAGAGGCCUUAUGGCUAGCAAACGUAUUCAAAAGGAGCUUCUGGAUUUGCAAAGGGAUCCUCCAGCAUCCUGCAGUGCUGGGCCUGUUGGUGAAGAUCUGUUUCACUGGCAAGCAACAAUUAUGGGCCCUUCUGACAGUCCCUAUGCAGGGGGGGUGUUUUUUGUGAUGAUUCAUUUCCCAGCUGACUACCCAUUCAAGCCUCCCAAGGUCAACUUUCAGACCAAGGUGUACCAUCCAAACAUCAACUCAAAUGGAAGCAUCUGUCUUGAUAUCCUGAAGGACCAGUGGAGCCCAGCUCUGACCAUAUCCAAAGUGCUUCUCUCCAUCUCAUCUCUGCUCACAGAUCCCAACCCAGACGACCCUCUUGUCCCUGAGAUUGCACACAUAUACAAAACACACAGGUCCCGCUACGAAGAAAUAGCACGGUCAUGGACGCAGAAGUAUGCAAUGGGCUGAUGACAAAGGAAAGGAGCACGUUGUGAGGAGUUCCAAUGACUUGAAACAGACUUGGUGCUUGUGUAUCUUGGUGAACUUGUGUGAAUUAGUAUUCUUGAUGUCUUAAGAUCGAGUUCUGCCCUGUGCUUGAAUUCAGUACUCAGAUCUUUCUAGUUACGAACUGUGGAUAGGUACCACCUAUUUCUUGUGCUAAAUGCCUGAAGUUGGCAUCUUUGUUA